GUUGUCGCAGCUUAAUGACGUAAUAAACCUGCGUGACCGUGAGCUGUCUGUUGAGCAUGUUGGAGGGAGAGUCGAGUUGAAACAACACGAUGAAUUUAUCCGCGUUGGUCCACAGCCUGAGGUGCUGUUUGUUAAGAACUGAGAGCAGAUUUCUGCAGGCAUUUGGACUGGAUCUGACACCACUGGCUCCAGCUAUGGUCGUGAAUGGCCCCAGUCUCCUGCCCCAAAUCGACCAGGAGCCCCAGUUGGAGGAGCAGAACCAGGACCUGCUGGACAGCAUCCUCUGGAUGGCCGUACCCAAGAAGAGACGAUCCAUCGAGGUCAACCGCACCAGGAGGAGAUCUGAUUCCAAGCUGUUAAAAGUGAAGGUGAACAUCGAGCCGUGCCCAGAGUGCGGCCAUCUGAAGCAGAAGCACGUCCUGUGUGGGUUCUGUUACGCCAAGGUGUGCAAGGAGACGGGUCUUAUUCGGGAGAAGAUUAGAGAGAUGGAAGGGGGCCCGCUGAGGGCCCCGGCAAUGGAGACCGUCGUCCUGUACGAGGGCGAGACGCCGAGCGAGCUGGACAAAGAUAAGAGGAUUGUGGAGCGGCCGAGGAAGAGGCCCGCCUGGUUCAAAUACUGAUGCUGGGCCGGUCCAGCUGGGAGAAGUUUUUACACGUGAACGUUUUUCUGUUUUUCAGGUCUGAGGGAACGUCUGUUUUGUCUGAGAGAUCAGCAGCUCAGUCUGAACUCAAACCAUCAACAAGUUACUAGAAUCUAACACCUGCUUCUUAUUUCUGCACAGGAAACAUAAAUUCUGUUUUUUCUAAUUCUAGUGUGUCAGAGGAAUGUGUAAGAACAUUACAAACAUUAAGAAAACAAA